AGUCUCCAACGUUAGAUCUUUGAUUGUGUUAUUUGGGUGAUUCGAAUAGGCAUGGGCUCGAGGGUAGUUUUCCUGGUUCUGACGGUGUGGCUUCUCAUGUUUGGCUUGCAUUGCAACUCCUCCAGUGCGGGCCACAUGCCAUCCAACAAUGAGGAAGCUCAUGAUUAUAAGGAAGCCAAAGCCAAGACUAUGAAAACUGGGGAGAAGGUGGCCGAGACGGCCAAAGAGGGAAAAGAAGCCACUGAGUCGUGGACUGAGUGGGCUAAAGAGAAAAUCUCUGAAGGCCUUGGCUUCAAGCACGAUGAUCACACUAACAAAGUUUCUGAUUAUGCCACCGACGCUGCACACAAGACCAAAGAUUACGCCGGUGACACUGCUCACAAGACCAGAGAUUAUGCCGGCGAUUCUGCUCAGAAGACCAGAGAUUACGCGGCGAUUGCUACUCAGAAGACCAAGGAGUAUGCCGGCGAUGCUGCUCAGAAGACCAAAGAAUACGCGGGCGAUGCUGCUCAGAAGACCAAGGAAUACGCUGGUGGUGGUGCUCAGAAGACAAAAGAAUAUGCCGGGGACGCUGCUCAGAAGGCCAAGGAUUACGCCGGCGACGCUGCUCAGAAGUCCAGGGAAUACGCCGGCGAUGCUGCUCAGAAGGCCGGCGAUUACGCCGGGGCUGCUCAGAAGUCCAGAGAAUACGCGGGCGAUGCUGCUCAGAAGACCAAAGGAUACGCGGGCGAUGCUGCUCAGAAGACCAAAGGAUACGCGGGCGAUGCUGCUCAGAAGACCAGAUACGCAGGAGGUGGUGCUCAGAAGACAAAAGAAUAUGCCGGGGAUGCUGCUCAGAAGACCUAUGAAUAUGCGGGCGAUGCGGCUCAGAAGAGCAAAGAUUAUGCCACUGAUGUUUCAGACAAGACGAAAGAUUAUGCGAGUGACGCUGCACAGAAGACCAAGCAAUAUGCCUCUGACGCUGCUCAGAAAACCAAGGACAAGGUCCAAGACGUCGCUUCUGGGGCAGGUCAGUACGUGAAAGAUGCGGCGACAGAGAGGAUGAGGGACGUGAAGGAAUACAUAAAGAAUGUAGCAACGGGCACUGGGGAUUCUGCAAAAGACAAGGCCAGUUCAGCGGCUGAGAAGGCGCAAGAGGCUGCCAAUAAAUCAUCAGAGAAAAUGAACGAAGCAAAGGGAAAAGCGUAUGAGAUGGCACAAGAGGCGAAGGAAAGAGCGUCGGAGAGGGCAGAGGAAGCCAAGGAGGCUGCGAGGGAGAAGGGAGAGGACAAUGGAGGAGAACAAGGAGAGGCAGGCAAAGACGGAGGAGAGGAGCAGCUGAAGUGGGCAAAGGAGAAAUCUAAGGAGGGCUAUGAGACGGCAAAAGACAAAGCAGAGGAGGCACUGGAGUCUGCUAAGGACAACAUUGCCUCCAACUACGAGGCCGCCAAGAAAACUUCCCAGCAACUGAAGGAUAAAUUUGGCGGCAAAGGCCGUGAUGCCGAGCUGUGAGCUGCUUGUGCCUCCAGAAUUGUCCCAUACCUCAUAAUCCUUCUUUUUUGUGCAUACCAGUUGGUUAAGCUGUUUGCUUGGUGGGUUUGACGUCUUAUUAGCUAUACUAUACUUCACUCGA